AUGAAUCCCAGGUCCGCCGCGGGGGGUAGCGGAGGGGGCAACAACAUCAAAGUUGUUGCCCGUUUCCGACCUCAGAACAAGGUCGAAGUCGCAAAUGGAGGGCAACCGAUUGUGCAAUUUUCUGGGGAAGACACCUGCCAGGUCCAGUCCUCAGAAACCAAUGCUCCCUUUACCUUCGAUCGAGUGUUCGACAUGUCCUCCCAACAAUCCGAUAUAUUCGACUUUUCUAUCCGGUCUACCGUUGAAGAUGUCAUGAACGGUUACAAUGGAACCGUUUUCGCCUACGGUCAAACGGGUGCCGGAAAAUCGUAUACAAUGAUGGGUGAUAUGGACGACCCGCACAAGAAAGGUAUAAUCCCGCGCAUUACAGAGCAGAUCUUUGACUCCAUUCUCGUCCACGGGUCCGCUCAGGUUGAAUAUACGGUGGGAAUUUCGUAUCUGGAAAUUUACAUGGAGAGGAUACGAGAUCUUUUGAACCCCGUCAUGGACAAUUUACCUAUCAAUGAGGGACCCAAAGGACCCUAUGUCAAAGGACUGCGCGAGAUAUAUGUCAACACCGUGGACGAGGUGUACACGGCCAUGCAUCUGGGUCAGCGCUCAAGGGUGACAGCCUCGACGAACAUGAACCUCGAGUCGUCGAGAUCACACUCCAUCUUCCUCGUCACAAUCAAUCAGAAAGACGUCAACACGGGGUCCCAAAAGAGUGGUAUGCUGUACCUCGUGGAUCUGGCAGGUUCGGAAAAGGUGGGUAAGACGGGCGCCAGUGGGCAGACGCUUGAAGAGGCGAAGAAAAUCAACAAGAGUUUAAGCGCGCUCGGAAUGGUUAUCAAUGCUUUGACGGACGGCAAAUCCACCCACGUGCCCUAUCGAGACUCCAAAUUGACGAGGAUCCUGCAAGAAAGUUUGGGUGGUAACUCGCGUACAACCCUGAUCAUAAAUUGCUCCCCGAGCAGCUACAACGACGCGGAAACUGUGAGUACGUUAAGGUUCGGGAUGAGAGCGAAGACAAUCAGGAACAAGGCCAAGAUCAAUGCGGAACUCAGUCCAGCGGAAUUGAAACGUCAGCUCAAGAUGGCCCAGAGCCAGGCCAUUUCCUUCGAGAAGUACAUUGCUUCGCUGGACUCGGAAUUGCAGCUUUGGAGAAAGGGAGAGACGGUCCCGAAAGAUAGAUGGGUACCGUCCCUCGGCGGCACAGGCUCGAAAGCGGAUGCAAAGACAAGACCAGACACGCCUUCUCGAGCACCCGCCGAUCUUCUCCGGUCAGAAACACCCAGCCGACCUGAUUCUCGAAUGGGCGACCGAUCAAGCACUCCGAGCAUCAUCCUGGACAAGGACGAACGGGAGGAAUUCUUGAAACGGGAAAACGAAUUGCAGGAUCAACUCACGGAAAAGGAGACUCAAGCAGCCAAUGCGGAAAGGAGUCUGCAAGAAGUACGCGAAGAAUUGAAGUCAUAUAAGGAGGGGGCCAUGCGGACGACCAAAGAAAACGAAGGACUGGCCGAUAAACUGAAUAAAACCCAACUGGAAUUGCAGAAGCUCUCGUACCAGAACAAAGAGGACGCCAUCACGAUGGAAGCCUUGAAAGACGCCAACUCGGAACUCGAGACGGAGCUGAUCUCGGUCAAGCAGCAACUUCUGGAGCUCAAGAUGAGUGCCAAAGAGACGACGGCGGCGCUGGACGAGAAGGACCGCAAGAAGAAGGAAAAGAUGGCCAAGAUGAUGGCCGGCUUCGACCUGGGGGACAAUGCCUUCUCGGAGAACGAGGCUCGCAUGCGGGAUAUGCUUGAUCAGGUGGAUGCUCUGCACGCCGCAAGCAUGAACGGAGAAAGCGUGCCAACUCAUGUCUUGGACGAUCUGAGGACGAAGUUGGUCGAGUCUCAGAACCUCGUCCGGCACGCUGAGCAGUCAUUGAGUGCGCGUGCCGAGAACGAAAACGAAGAACGGAUGCUCGCGCUCGAGGACAGGCUCGCUGCCGUGCAGCAAGAAUACGAAGAUCUGUUAACCCGCAAUCUAGGUCCGGAGGACGUGGAAGAUGUCAAGGCGAGACUGGAGCAGUUGUAUUCUGACCGCAGUGAAACCCAGGCCGAACUGGUCCAUGACUUGAGGGAUCAAUUGACACAGAAGUCCCAGGAGAUGGACAAGCUCCAGAAAUCCCUGGCCGAAGUACAGUCUCAGGGAGUGGCGCACCGACCCGGCGUCAACGGAGUGACGGGCAAAACUCUCCAACAACAAAUCACCGACUUUGAUUUGAUGAAGAAGAAUCUGAUGCGGGACCUGCAAGAUCGAUGUGAACGUGUGGUGGAGCUGGAGAUCUCACUGGACGAAACGCGCGAGCAGUACAACAAUGUGCUCCGGUCGAGCAACAACCGGCAGCAACAGAAGAAGAUGGCGUUCUUGGAGCGCAACCUCGAACAACUCACCGUGGUGCAGAGGCAGCUUGUGGACCAGAACACAAGCCUUAAGAAGGAAGUCGCCAUCGCGGAGCGGAAGCUGAUUGCCCGGAACGAGCGCAUUCUGAGUCUGGAGAGUUUGUUGAGUGACAGCCAGGAGAAAUUGACGGCUGCCAAUCACAGAUUCGAAGCACAACUCGCCGCCGUCAAGGAGCGACUCGAGGCGGCCAAGCUGUCCUCCAGAAACAUGGCCCCUGCCGGGCCUGGAGUUGGGGCCGGCGGAGGAUUCAAUAGUCUCAUGAGCGCCGGCGCCCGAAUAGCCAAACCACUGCGUGGCGGCGGCGGAGCGGCAUCCCACCUCGACGGUGCCAACGGCAGCCCAUCGCUCCCGAUCAUCUCCAACCUGGCCGGAACGGGGCCGGGAUCCGACGCCGGCAAUAAACGAAGUAGUUGGUUUUUCAACACGAAUCGGUGA